UAAGUAUAAUGAAUUCUCCAGCCAAUUCAAGACAAAAUUUAUCAGCACAUGGAACGCCUAAAUCAAAAAACACAAGAAAAUCAAUUUUUGGCACAUCAAGUCGAAAGAAUGUCAGUCUAUCAGGAAGAUCCAAUGCAUCAACAAUGCAAAUAAUUGCAAGAUCAGAGUUCAACAUAUUGGAAUCUUAUGGCAAUGCGGUUCCAGUGAAGGUUACAGAACUGUUAACAUUUAGUGACAAAAAUGCCGCUGUGUCUGUUAAUUAUUCUAAAAAUGGUUGGGCAUGGGCUGUAAGUGGGAGAAAGCUUUUAAUUUGGCAGUACAAAGGUCCAUCGCGUUUUCAAGGAACAUCUUCAGCAAUAGGAUUAACAAAAACACAAUCUAACCGAAACACUGCAAGCCAAUGUCGCGAGCUUACUCUGCCUCAUUGCGAUAUCGGUCAUAAGGCAAGAUUGAUAACAGUUUUUGUUCCUGAGGGUAGUCAAGCAACAGCAUGCUUAGCAGUUUCAACAACAGGUGAUGUCAGAUACUGGCCGUCUAUAACCAACAGUACGUCUAUCGACGAAAAUGGAAUAAUGGAAGGACAAGAAUUUGAUCAACUCACAAGUAUAAGUCCCCAGGGAUAUUUGAUGGUCACAACAACAUGUAAUCUGGUUCUGCUUCAAAUUCGUCUUCAAAAUGGUCGUCAACGAAUUAUCCAUCGAAAUGUAAAGCCUCCUUCCGGUUUUUUUGGAGGAUUUGGAAAAAAAUUUGCGAGCAUAAUUAUUGGAAUGAACAGCAACCAAGACAGCGAAAAUAAACUCAUUAAAAUAGCAUAUGAAGCUAUCAAUUCUACAGAUUAUCAUAUUUCAAUUUUGUCUGAGCAUUUCAUUCAACGUUGGCUUUUUUCUCCGAAUACAAAUGAAACUUUUCUCUACGAGGAUCAAGAAAUUUCAAAGAAAAUUCGUGACUUUUACCGUUUAAAAAUGUGGAGUAACCGAAAUAUUAACGAAACAAUUGAUUCGUGGAUGCUCGAUAUGCAAACGAUUGAUCGUGGUGUGAUGAUACUAGCCGCAGCGGCUAAUCCUGCACUUUCACCUCAAGUCUACAUGUCAUUGAUCACAAUUGUUGCUGAAUCAGAUGGAUUUCAACUUAAAGAUUUCCAACUUUUACGUUUCAAAACAUUCUUCAGCCAUCAGCAAACAAAUCUUUUCAGUAAUUUCAAAUUUAUCAUCGUUCGUGGAAUUGCUUACAUUUACAGUGAACGAAUGAUUUUACCUGUCAUCAUUCAAAGCAAUCAGCCAUUACAACCGCCAUCAGAUGACGUUGAGAAGAUUGAAUUUCAUACUCAUGAUGAUCGUUUAAUUGCCGCUGAAAACAUUGGAGGACUCCCGCUUUUCUUCUCAAAACUUCAUGGAGUUGUUUGUGUCACGCCAUCAGAUUUUGAGCCAGAAUUAUUGAACAGUUCAGUGAACGUUUCAAUGACUAACGUUUCAAUCAUGAGUGAAGUCUUUAGUCCAAAAGCUUCAUUGAUUACGGAUGAAACCUCAAACCUUCUUUCUCCAUCAACAACAAACAUUGGCAAUCUAACAAUGUACGAGCUUGAUCCAGAAGAUAUUUGUGAACGAAAUAAAGAUGCUGUUAGUCAAUUUAAAGCAGCUUUCAUUUAUCAUCUCAAAAGAAAUAGCGCAAUGUGUCAUUCUAUCAUCAAUGAAAUGUUUAAAGAUGAAUCGCCAAAAAUUGACAGCAAAUUGGAUGAAAUUGUUGUUACAAUUGCAAAAGAUUUGGCUGAAGAUUUGCCAGCUGCUGAUCCAAGAUGGGAAAGUGAAGCAUUUAAUCGUAACUCAUCAGCGCCACUCGGAAGCUCAUCAUCAAUGCAAAUACUUCAACAACUUCGUGAGAAAAACUUUUGUAUGAUAAAGUUUGUUGAGUUUCUUCAUGGAACUGGACUAUGGAGUCGUUUGAUGGCAUUAUCAGAGAAAGGAAAUGUACGCUCAACAGUUUUCCUUCUCUCUGAUAUCAAUGAGAGGAUUGUUGCUGCAAUUUCGUUUAAAUGUCAACAACAAGCACAUGCAAGAAUCACAGAUGAAGCUAUUGAAAUGGUUCUGAAUGAAAAUCGUUUGGAAGCACAUGGAAAUCUUACAAAUCAAGACGUUUUCUUCACAAAAAUCACGAAAAUUCAAGAAAUCUUUAAAAAAUUCAACGAGAUAAUUGAAAAAUUAGUACAACAAGAAGAUAUACCCAAUAAUCAUAUUCAGAAUUCAAUUAUUGAGGUCAAUAAAAUGGUUUUGCAAACGCUGCAAGAAAUUAUUAAAUUCCGGGAGAAACACAUUGGAUUAUACAAACCAGUGAACAAUGAAUUGUUUGAAUAUUUACCAUGGACAGCAGCAAGUGAUGAAGAAGGCUUACGCGAUAGCAUAUUACAGUUAAUUCAGUUGACACUUCAACAUGGAAUCAGGCUCAAUGGUGAAACUGAAUACAAAUUUAAACAUUACCAGCAGAUGACUGAACUUAUCGAUUUCGUUCUUGACGGUCGUCGAAAUUAUUUGGCAAGCAUCAGAAAUAAUCAAGAGAAGCUAAAUGUUCUUCAACAUCAAUACGAGUCACAAAGAUUCGACCUCAUUUAUCCCUUAGUUGAAGAUGAACAAUAUGAGUUGGCAGCAAAAUUAGCUGAAAAAUAUUACGAUUUCCAAACACUUGUCAUCAUUUGUGAUCGAACUGAAAAUCAACAACGUCUUGACGAAUAUAUUGAAAGAUUCAAGCAACUUAAUUUCUCUCAGUUUGCAAUCAAUUGGCAUAUGAAACAAAACAAGCAAGGAGAUCUCUUUGAAAGAUUCCGAAAUAAUCAAGUGGAAUUAGCAAAGUUCUUGAAUAAUCAUCCAUCUCUUGCUUGGAUUCAAUUGAUCUUCAAUGGUGAGAUGAACAAAUCUUCGAAUGUUCUUGCUGAUCUCGGAUUAAAUGAAACUGAACUUGUGGCAAGGAAAAAAACAAAAUUGUCAUUAGCAAAACUUUCAGCAUAUGCCGCUGAAAUGGACAUGAGUCAACAAAUCAAGGACAUCACCAAGGAAUUACAUUUGAUUGAACAUCAGAACCAGAUUGACAAGCAAAUCCUCACUGAUCUCGGUUUCGAUGCAAAAAACAUGCGAGUAUUGCAACCAGGACAGAUGAUUGAGCUUCACAUUUCAAGGGAGUAUAAAAAUGCUACAGAAAUUGAAUUUCGCAAAGCUUUUGAAUUACUGGCUUAUGUGGAUGAUUCACUUGAGUAUCGUAAUAAGAUUUGGUCAGAAGCAAUCGAACGUGACGAUUGGUUAAAGAUCGACAUUGAGGCACCUCUAGACAGAAUUGUUGAAACGUUGUUUUUUAAACUUGUCGAAUUGUGCUACAUGCUAGACGGUGAAAUUGAAAAUACAUUACCACCUAUUGAUAUUUUCACAACAUCGCCUGAACUUAAUCAUUGGAAUAACAAAAAGUUUCAGUUUCUGAUUAAACUUGCUUAUGAACAUAUUCGAGAUACUUUUAAAUAAAUAGCUUCUGUUCUGUUGGGUAAUCUUUUUUUUUGUCAGAAUAAAGAAGUGUUUUUCACAAAUCUUUAUAAAUGUUUAUAUAUUUAUUAAAUAGUACCUAUUGCAUUGAAAUUCAAAAA